AUGGCAGUCAAAAACACAUUCCGGUUGUCCCUAAAGUUUCAAUUGCUUCUUCUUUUAUUACUAUUGCCGCUCUCUGCAACUCCAUUGACCUUCAAUUUCCCCAGCUUUCACCCUGCCAAUGCCAGCAGUAUAUCUACGGAGGGAGAUGCUUCCCUGGAUAGCUCCCUCCGACUCAACAAAAGUGAUCGUGACGAGGAAAUAGAUGGGAGCGUUGGUAGAGAUCGAUUCUUGACAAAUGCUUCAUCUCUCGUAUCUCUCAGCCUUCUAGAAUGUGGAUUGUUAGGGAAAUUUCCUGCACUUUGCCACGAUGAUGAGCGCUCUGCCUUGUUGCAAUUCAAAGCUAAUUUCACUAUAGACAAGUCGGCGUCCCAAGAUCCCUUUGCUUAUCCGAAAGUUGCAUAUUGGGGUAGGCUAGAAGGAGAUCCUCAACUGAAUAACUGUUGCUCAUGGGACGGUGUUGAAUGCAGCCACGACUCUGGCCAUGUUAUUGGUCUUGACCUCGCCAGCAGCCAUCUUCAUGGUUCCAUCAACUCCAAUAGCAGCCUUUUUCAACUUGUUCAGUUGCAGAGGCUUGACCUCUAUGACAAUAACUUCAGCUUCUCUCAAAUACCAUCCAGGUUAGGCCAUGAUCUUACUAGUCUAACAUAUCUCAACCUUUCAAUGUCUUCAUUUUCUGGCCAAAUUCCUUCAGAAAUUUCAUAUCUAUCCAAGCUAUCUACACUCCAUCUGUCUUCAAAUUCGCCUCCUCUCAAAAUGCCCAACUUCAGAAGUCUAGUUCAGAACUUGACCAACAUAAAACAGCUUCAUCUUUUUGACGUCGAGAUACGCUCCACAGUGCCUAAUAAAUUGGUGAAUUUGUCUUCUCUCACAUCUCUCCGUCUUCAUGCAUGUAAAUUGGAGGGGCAAUUCCCAGUAGGCAUUUUCCACCUACCAAACUUGCAAGUACUUGAUUUGGCUGAUAACUUUGAUCUAACCGGUUAUCUUCCUGAUGACCUUAACAUCAGCAGCCCCUUGAAGAUAUUGAAUUUGCAGGCAGCCGAUUUCACUGGUCAUAUACCUGCUUCAAUCAGAAAUCUUCGUGCCUUAAAUUUGUUGAACAUACGAUCUUGUAAAUUUUAUCCCCAUGUUCCAUCUUCACUUUCCAACCUCACCCAGCUCAAUUUCCUUGAUCUUUCUUCCUUUUAUGACUAUAGUUAUCUUCGUGACCUUCCAACAAUCCAUACUUUCAGUGGCCAAGUUUCAGAUUUCUUGUCUAGGGUUGGAAAGGUGACCAAACUUAACCACUUGUUCCUUGAUAAUACCCACUUCAGGGGAGAUUUGCCAUGUUCUUUGGCUAAUCUGACUCAACUUUUGGAAAUAGACUUGAAUCAGAAUCAAAUAACUGGUGAAAUUCCAUGUUGUUUGGCUAAUCUGACACAACUUUUGGAAUUAGACUUGGGCCAUAAUCAAAUAACUGGUCAAAUCCCAUCUUGCCUUGUGCAGCUUAGCCAAUUAACUUUGUUAGACGUACGAUUCAACAAUCUGCAAGGAGCAAUUCCCAGGUCAGUAUUCGAGCUAAGAAAUCUUGAAUAUAUUUACCUCCACUCAAAUAACUUGAGUGGGUCUGUUGAAUUGGAUGAGUUUUCCAAGCUCGAAAAGUUGCGAGGACUUCGUUUGUCGCUCAACAAGUUCUCUGUGCAGAUCAAAACUGGAUUUAAUGCUAUUGCUCCAAAGCUUGAACUACUAGGAUUGGGUUCUUGCAACUUAACGGAGUUUCCGGAAUUUUUGAAAUACACUAGUCACCUGGAGGAUCUAGAUCUAUCUGACAACAAUCUUCAUGGCCAAAUACCAAAAUGGAUGUGGAAUUCAACUGGUGAAACUUUGAGGUAUCUCAACCUCUCUGGCAACCAAUUAACUGGAUUUGAAGAAAAUCCGGUCAUUAUUCCAUGGCAUGGGUUAUACUCUUUACAGCUCGACUCUAACAUGUUACGAGGAUCACUGCCAAUUCCAUCGCCGUUAAUAUCAUACUAUUCUGUUUCAAACAAUGAAUACGCAGGAGAAAUUCCAGCAACAUUCUGCAACACAAGGCCACUAUGUAUUCUUGAUUUGUCUAACAACAACCUGAAUGGCAAGAUUCCCCAAUGUUUUGAGAAUCUCAGAUUUCUUCAGAUAUUGAGACUGCAAAACAAUUAUUUUCACGGGGAUAUUCCUCAAAUAGGUAUCUUGCCUUCCAACUACCUAGAGAACUGGAGUGCCAUGAAAUCUGUUGAUGCAAAGGAGCAUAUAUACUUCCGAUCCAUGAUCUUCUUCGGCGGGAAGUAUCAAGAAACGUUCUUCUAUGAUUAUAGAAUUACAGUUUUUAGCAAAGGUGUUGAAUUGGAGUACCUCAAGACCCCUAAUCUUAUGAAACUCAUAGACCUCUCAAGUAACAGAUUUGUAGGAGAGAUUCCAGGAAAGAUCCCUAGUAAUCUGGUACAACUGACAUUCCUUGCAUACUUUAAUGUAUCUCACAAUCGUCUUUAUGGUCCUAUCCCACAAGGUCGACAGUUUGAUACAUUCCAAGAGGAUAUGUACCAAGGCAACUCAGGUUUGUGUGGAAAACCUUUGUCAAAGAAAUGUAAAGAUUCUGAGAGCACAACACCACCAGCCUUUGAACAAGACGAAGACUCUGGGUUUCAAAUUGAGCUAGAUUGGUUUGUGGUCCUGCCAGGAGUUGUUGCUGGUCUAAUAGUUGGAGUGGCUGGGGGAAACUUUUGGACAGCCAAGAAACAUAACUGGUUUCUAGAGACAUUCAGCAGGAGGAGGCAGCCGAGAAGCACAAGGCAGAGGAGGGGACUUAGAACUUAA